AUGGCACAGAUAUUUGGUGCUAGUAGUUGCGUCCUGGUCUGGCUAGGACUCAGCAACGACAUUCAGAAGGAUACAGAAUUCGUCGCAGUCGUAGAGGCCUGCUAUCAAUUGUCUUGCGAUCUCGAAGGCAGCGGUAGCGUGAUACUGGCCGCAGACAAGAUCGCCGAGAAGCUGGCGAUGGACUCGAGCGAAGAACAAGACAUCGUUGAAUACAACGCCAGUACCCGCAUCGAUCACGUCUACGCUGCACUUAUUACCACUUGGAGUUGGUUGCAAAGACCAUGGUUCAAUCGGCUCUGGGUCGUGCAAGAGGCCUUCUCGGCGCGAGAGGUUCUCUUCUGCUCUGACAGUUUUGAGUUGACCCGAGAGACAUUGUCAACCGCUGUCUAUGCUUAUCAGGACAACUGGCGUUCAUCGGAUCGAACGCUCCGCCUUAACUUUAGCGAAGAAACCAGGCUUGACGACAUCGCAACAGACCUUAUGGAGCGAGGACUUUCAGGAGAAGUCUACGCAGACACCCUCCUGGAGAAGCUCAUAUCAUACUCGUUGAGAAAGUGCGUCGAUCCAAGAGACAGGAUAUUCGCGAUCAGAAAUGUCCUCGCUCUGGAGCAUGUCGAGGAACUGCGUCCUGACUACAGCAUAAAACCGAGCAGCUUAUAUCGCAACUUGGCCCUGCAUCUCCUUGCAAGGCGUUGGAGUACCCACAGUCCACUGGUACUCCUCGCACUGGCUGGGCUCGAAACACAAGCUGGCCUGCAACAUCCAAUAUCGUGGACGCCAAAUCUUCACAACUUCUCGGUUUGGACCCGUGCGAAGGCGAAUACCUACGCCCAUUAUCAAAGGAACGGUAAUCGGUGUUACGAUGGUCGCACAGAGCAAUCCUGGACGAACGACUAUCGGUACAUGAUAGGCAAAUUCAGCUAUCUGAAUCUCCCUGAUCAGCCUCACACGCUGAUGGUCAAGGGGCGAGUGUUUGCGCAGGUCGCUGAGGUCGUGGCAUUGCCCAGCGUUCCGUUGUCACUGUACGGAGACGCUCCUUUUGAUGCUACUGACUAUAGCAGUUUUGAGGCGUUUCAAGACUGGUAUGAUGCAUGGUAUCGAUACUUUGCGGACUUUUUCCGGUCCUCCAUUGACCUCCUCGACCUGCACCAAGAGCUGAUCAACUUCCUUGCCUAUCCAACUCACUGGUCGUCCGAGCGUGAAUGCUUGUGGACGGUGACUGACCGAUGCCCCGAGGAGUUCUGGGACCGAUAUCUACAUUCUCGACCGAGUUUUUGUCGCCUCCCGGGGACCUUGGGGAAAGACUUUCAAUACUUCCUCAUGCUGUCUUUGUCAGAAUGUCCCCUUGUCAGAAAUAGACGAGGAUGGAACAUCACGACCCACCGGGGCAGAAUCGACUUGGCCUGGCUUCCUAGAGGCACGCAGCUGGGCGACCACAUCUGUAUUUUCGCCGGCGAAAUGUGGCCGUUCGUGAUUCGGCCAGUUGGAGACGGUACGUAUCAGGUCAUCGGCGACUGCCACACGUAUUCCACGCCGCUGAUCGAAGCUAUCGGCGGAAUGUACGAUGUUACCCUUCAUGGAGAUGGACACACGCACAAUUAUAUUCGCGAGCAGUCAGACUCGGAGAGUAGCGUGGCCGAGGACGUGGAAGAAAACUCCGAUAUUGCCGCCUGCUUUACGGCACAGCUCGAUACAUCGCUGGAAGAUUCUGCGGACGUCACAGAGGAUCCAAGCACCGCAUCGAGCCAAGAGCCUAGAGACGUGGACAGUCCAUGCUGUGACCGAUCCACAAUCAAGACUCUCCUCGAAGGUGAUGGCAAUAUUGAUAGCAACGUUGAGCAAUCUAGCACACAAAGGGUCGAGUUCAAGCGCGGAGAGUGCUUAGGAUUCAACAUGCCCGGUCUUCGCUACGAUGAGUACCUUGCAAAGAUGGACUACAUCGCUCUCGUCUGA